GGCCCGGUACCUGUGACAGACCAUGGUGUCCUUUCCGGCAUGGGGUGGGCAACCCAAGCACCCUCAGGUGAGCUGCGGAGAGGCAUCGGGAGCGGGUGCUGCGGGAGUGGUGCGGAGGCGGAGCCUUUGCUUCCGGUUCCGGUCUUGGCGGGGAGAAGAUGCUGCGGGCACCCAGACGGCGGGCUGCCACGGUCCUGUGGCUCGCGAUCGCUACCCGCACAAUGGCUGCAGGGCCCACAGUCUCUCUUCCGGAGCUGCGGUCGCUCCUAGCUUCGGGCCGGGCCCGGCUCUUCGAUGUGCGAUCUCGGGAGGAGGCGGCGGCGGGGACCAUCCCUGGGGCGCUCAACAUCCCGGUAUCCGAGUUGGAAAAUGCCCUGCAGAUGGGGCCGGCUGCAUUCCAGGCUUUAUACUCCGCCGAGAAGCCAAAGCUGGACGAUGAGAACCUUGUCUUCUUCUGUCAAAUGGGCCGGCGGGGCUUGCAGGCCACACAGCUGGCCCAAAGCCUUGGAUACAGAGGGGCUCGAAACUAUGCUGGGGCCUAUCGGGAAUGGUCAGAGAAGGCAGAGUAGGUAACAGGUGUCUUACUGAAGGCCUCCCUGCCAUGGCCACCUUCACAAAGGGCCAUGAAAGGGCUGAUUGCUGGCUUGCCCUGAGUGGGACAACUCCUUACAGUGCUUUACACCUGAGUGUCAAAUAAAGAACUCUUAAAUAAAGUACUUGAAAUACUUAA